CUGCAAUGGCGGCCGCCGAACGCGGCGCCUCGCGGCCAACGGGCGACAACCGAACCUCCCGCCGCCACCGUCCGCCGCCGCUAACACUGUCUGCGCACUUCCGGCUCCGUGGGGCCAACGACUGCUUCCGGGGUCAAAGCGCGCGCACGUGGUGCGAGGUCGAGGCCGGGUGGGGAGGGGAGCGCGAGUCGCCGGAGCAGCCGGACCGGAGGCCGGAGGCCGGAGGUCGGAGGCCGGCGGGAGGAAUGGGUGAGUUUAAGGUUCAUCGGGUACGUUUCUUCAACUAUGUUCCCGUGGGGAUCCGAUGUGUGGCAUACAAUCACCAAUCCAACAGGCUGGCUGUCUCCCGAGUGGACAGCUCCAUCGAGAUCUACAAUCUGGCGGCCAACAGCUUUCAGGAGAAGUUUUUCCCAGGCUAUGAGAGUCGAUCCACAGAAGCUCUGUGUUGGGCAAAAGGACAGCGGCUCUUCAGUGCUGGACUCAGUGGUGACGUUAUUGAGUAUGACUUGGAACAGCUGAGUGUCAAGUAUUCUGUGGAUGGCUUUGGAGGUCCCAUUUGGAGCAUGGCUGCUGACCCAAGUGGCUCAUACCUUGCGAUCGGCUGUGAGGAUGGGUCUGUGAAGCUGUUCCAAGUCACCCCAGACAAAAUCCAGCUUGAGCGGACUUUAGAAAGACAGAAAGGUCGAGUCCUCUCAUUAAGCUGGCAUCCGUCUGGUACCCACAUUGCAGCUGGAUCCAUAGACUAUGUUGCUGUGCUUGAUGUCCAGUCAGGCAGCACUGCCCAGAAGAUGUUGAUGGACAAGAGGCACCCGGGAUCCCAGCGGCGCAGGUGCGUCGUGUGGGGGGUGGCCUUCCUGUCGGACGGGACUGUCGUGAGCACGGACUCAGCUGGCAUGGUGCAGUUCUGGGACUCCGAGACUGGCACCCUCGUGCAGACACAUCCCCUCGCCAGUUCUGAUGUGCUGUCCAUAGCUGUGGCGGAGAAAGAAGACAGUAUGGUGGUGGGCACGGCCGAGGGGACCAUAUUCCAUUUCCAGCUGAUCCAUUCGAGGUCAGACGGCAAGCAGAGCCAGUGGGUGAGGACAAAGCCCUUCCAGCACCACACGCAUGAUGUGCGCUCUGUGGCUCACAGCCCAACCGCACUGAUCUCUGGAGGCGUGGACACCCACUUAGUGAUUCGCCCACUCAUGGAAAAGGUGGAGGUCAAGAGUUAUGAUGCUGCACUUCGGAAAGUCACCUUCCCACAUCGGCGUCUCAUCUCCUGCGCUAAGAAGAUGCAGCUCCUCCUCUUCCAGUUUCCUCAGCGUUUGGAACUUUGGCGAUUGGGAGCCACUGACGCAGCUGGAAAGAAUGAGGACAUCCUUCCACUCUCUAGAAAUGCAGAACAUUUGCUACAGCUUAAAAAAAAGGGUCCGGAGAACAUUUGCUGCAGCUGUAUUUCCCCCUGUGGAAGCUGGAUCGCCUAUUCUACAGCUUCUAGGUUCUAUCUCUAUCGGAUGAAUUAUGAAAAUAACAGCGUGAGCAUCAAAAGGGUUUCUAAAGUGCCCAAGUUCCUGAAUUCUGCCCUCCAGAUUUUGUUCUCUGCAGACUCCACAAAGUUGUUUGUGGCAUCAAAUCAAGGUUCUCUCCAUGUGGUUCAGCUGUCAGAGGGGACCUUGAAACACCUGCACACCUUCCAUCCCCAGUCAGGGACCCUGGAGGCCAUGCCUCUGUUGGCAGUAAGCCCAGAUGGGAAUUGGUUGGCUGCAGCUGGCAUGAGUAAUGGAGUCAGUAUCUAUGAUUUGAAGCAUCUUAAGCCUCACGGCACAGUGCCUGCUUACAACUUCCCUGUGACUGCCCUGGCCAUAGCACCCGACACCAACAACCUUGUGAUCGCUCAUGCAGACCAACAGAUCUUUGAGUUCAGCAUCCCCCAGAAACAAUACACAGAUUGGAGCCGGAAAGUUCAGAAGCAUGGACUUCACUACCUUUGGCUAGAAAGGGAUACACCAAUCACACACAUCACUUUUCAUCCCAAGAGGCCUACACAUAUCCUUCUUCAUGACACCUACAUGUUCUGCAUCAUUGAUAAGUCCAUGCCACUUCCAGAUGACAAAACUCCCUUAUUCAAUCAGCUUUCCUUAAGGGAGGCAUCUGAAAAUGUCAGGAGGCGCCAUGCCCAUGCCUUCAAGAUCUCUAAGAAGUUUCAGCCUCUCCUCUUCAUGGACCUAUUGGAUGAAGGCACACUGGUGGCAGUGGAACGGCCUUUGGAAGACAUCAUUGCUCAACUUCCACCACCCAUCAAAAGAAAGAAAUUUGGAACUUAAGUGGAGUUGUGUGUUUCCUUCCCUGAACUGGCUGACUUGUUCUUUUCCUAGAAAUCAUGAUAAUAAAACAAAGUUAUUCUUUAGGGCUCCACAACCAUGAAUGUUAUUUGCCCUCAUUUCUUAGCUGCCAGAAGACAGGGUGAAGACUUGCACCUGGAGCCCCACGUCAUGACCGGUCAGUGUGCUCAAGUGCAGUGGAAACGAACCGAGCUCUCCAAGCAAGGUGUCUGUGGUCGUGAUGAAGUACCAAAGAACCACAAGCCACCAUCUUCCCUUCAGAAAACGGACGCCUCUGCUCUUAAAUAAAGGCUGAGACCGCAGAGAGCUGACUCUCCUUCUGUCUCUGUUGAUGCUCGGCUGCUCCAUCAUCAGAGUCCUGGUCCUUCUUUCUGCGCUCCGAAUCCUUCCGUGGAAAGAGGUGCAUUUGCCCAUUGGUGCUCAUUUAACACAGGCUAGAGCAACCCCAGAGGGGUGCAUGUUUGGUUUCAGUUCAGUCGGAGUUUCACUUCUCAAAUUGAUAAGCGGUGCUUUUUCUGAAAAUGAAUGUUUCUGGCCUUCAUACAGUCAACUGUUAACUUUCUAAAUGGCAGCGAAUGAACAUUACUUUGGGAAGUCAGUUUUAUGAUUGUGCUUCCUCAUUCAUUUAGGGGGCAGAGUUUCAAAGGAACUUUGGACAGAGACCAAAAAUUUGGGAGGAGGGGCAGGGAGAGGUAAGGAAGGAACAGAGGCCAUAUUUCAGUUCGUACUGCUCCUCUGCUCUACCUGGUCUGGCUUCUUAUUUCCAGAAUGCUGGUAACCUACUCACUUGAAUUUAUUAUCUUAACUAGAAAGUGAAUAUUCCCUAGUAAUUUUAAUUGAGCAACUAGAUUUCUGUUCUGUACCAUGCCUGCUGAAAAGUGUGUGUGAAAGCUGUUCAGCGAUGGGGGCCGGGAAUGUGUGAGGUUUCUUGAUGAUGCCAUUGGGUGGAGUAAUGCUUAAAAAAUUUUAGAUGGUCACGCUUAUGUGAAGCUUGCCCCCAGGGCUCUGUUCUGGAAAGAGAAAACACAUUGACUAGCCUCGUUUGGGAUGAAACUGAAAGUGGGAUGGCUCUCUAUCUAAGCCUAGUAGUACAAAUCCUGAGGUUAGGAAAACAUCGUCAGUUUGGGAAGAGCAAAGAGGUCCAGUGUUAUUUGUUGUCAAGUAUAAUUAAAUUCGUUCUUGUCCACAUA